AUGGGGAGACACGAAAACUACAGUCCGAGCUCUCGCCGCAGAUCACCAAGCGCCGGUAGUUACAGGGUAAACUCCGAAGACGAGGAGGACUACUCCCACAACUCGGGGAAAAAAUACAAAGAAAAGAAAGAAAAGAAAGGAGACUCUGGCGACGAGCGUAAGAAGCGCGACAAAGAAGAAAAAGAGAGGCGCGAAAGAGAAAAGAAAGAGAAAAAGCGCCGGGAGAAGGAGGGCUACAGCGGCGGCGACCCCAGUAGUUAUGGGCGCCGUGAAGAUGAAUAUCGCCGACAUGAAUAUGUUCAGGAAGAAGAGAGGUCAAGUAGUUACGGCGAGGAGCGCCGUGAACACCGGUAUGAGGAGAGGUCCGACUCACGGGAGCGUGAGCGCAGAUUCCCCAGCGAGCACGGUGGCUACGGCAUGCACCAGGAAAGUCAUGGUUACGGCGAGAGGCCAAAUUUGCAGGCAUACGGCCAUCCGGGCUACGGAGAGCAGCCGGCGUAUGGAAGUCAGCCGCAAACCGGAAGUACUUAUCAACCAGGUCCCUCACCACCCCCGCCGCAGGCGGGGUACGGAGGUUAUGGAGGGUACCCGCCUUCGGGACCGCCGGGCCCACCUCCACCGCAAAGUUAUGGCCACGGGUAUCAUCCGCAAGAGCAGCCUAGCUAUGAAUUCCGCCCGCAGGAGCAACCGGCAUCUUAUAUAGGAUACAAUCAACCCUCACCAGCCCAAGGGCCUUACGCAGGAUACCAAGCGCCAGCGGGUCCACCUCCUGGUACUCCCGGCUAUCACUCACCAGCUCCCCCGGCACAUGGUAGCCACGGAUACAACCCACCAUCUCAGCCUCCUAGCUCAGGCUACGGUUCCUCGAUUUACAACGCGCCGUCUCCCGCAUAUAAUGCGCCAGCUCCGAUCUACAAUGCGCCGUCUCCCGCCUACGGUGCGCAAUCUGGCUACAAUCCUUCGCCUUCACACGGUGGGCCACCUUCCACUUAUCAUACCGUAACUGUCCCUCAAAACGCACCACCCAUACCCUUGGCGGCCCUGGGAGGCAUAGCUGCCGGUUUUGGUGCACAUGCUCAGAAGCCGCAAACCGAUGCCGCACAACAGGAAAACCCUCCCAGUGGGGCAGGUCCUGCAAAGGUUUCAUCGGGGGCGUCGGCCGGCCCGGCGAAGCCUGAGACGUCUGCAUUAAAUACCUUUACAACCGGCUUAAACUCGGCACUGCAUGGAUAUGCUAGGACAUUUUUUCCAGUGAACACAACUCAUAACGCUAAGAUACCUGGACCGGCAUCUCACCCGGAUAAGCCGACUGCAUCAUUGGGAGCUUCCGGCGAAAGUGGAGCACCAGCACAGGUUACUGAUGAAAGAUUUGAUUCCUUUGCACCCGUGAGGGGUGGUAAUGCGGUCAAGUGGUAUGUUGACGGGAAGGAUUACAUGUAUGCUGUCAGUAUAGCUCUGGAAAAUGCCCAGAAAAGCAUUUGGAUCCUGGAUUGGUGGUUGAGUCCUGAGAUUUAUCUUCGAAGGCCUCGAGGACCCGACGACCGAUACCGUCUCGACAGUAUGCUUUACCAAGCCGCUAGACGUGGUGUUAAGGUCAAUAUCAUUGUAUACAAGGAGGUUACCCAGGCCUUGACCCUGAACUCAUCGCACACCAAGCACCACCUUGAGGAUCUACACAAAAAUAUUGCUGUGUUUAGGCAUCCCGACCAUCUUCCAGAUAGGCCGACAGUGCAGCAGGAUAUCUGGAAGAAGAUUUCGGGCGGAAACUACUCAAUCGGCGAUGGGCUCAAAGGGCUUUACGGUAUGAGCAACGGUGUCGUGCUUUACUGGGCGCACCACGAGAAGCUGUGUUUGGUUGAUGGGGAGAUCGCUUUCAUGGGUGGUCUGGAUUUGUGCUUCGGAAGAUGGGACACGAAUAACCAUCCUAUCGCCGACGCCCACCCAAGGAAUGUUAACGAAGUCCUUUUUAUUGGGCAGGAUUACAAUAACGCUAGGUUGAUGGAUUUCCACACUGUUGAGAAAUGGGACCAGAACAAAGUAUCGCGCACCGAAUCCUCUCGAAUGGGAUGGACUGAUGUCGCACUAUCCUUCACGGGUCCGACAGUGGCUGAUCUGCAGCGCCAUUUCGUCGAGCGCUGGAAUUAUAUCUACACCGAGAAGUACAAGAUACGAAACGACGAUAGAUUCUCACUCCUCGAACCGAUCACGGUCAACGAACAGCGGCAAUACUACACCAAGGAACAGAGAGAAGAAAGGGCCUAUGGCCGCGGUAAUCACGCGGACCUUGUCGGGGUCCAGUGCCAGAUUGUCCGUUCGGCCAGUAAAUGGUCUCAUAACCUCCCCGUGACGGAGCACUCCAUUUGCCAGGCCUAUAUUGAGGUUAUUCUUGCAGCGCAGCACUUUAUCUACAUCGAAAACCAGUUCUUCAUCACGGCGACAGACAACCGGCAGACUCCCAUCAUCAAUAAGAUUGGCGCUGCAAUCGUCCAACGUAUCCUCCAGGCUGUAGAGAGGAGAGAGAAGUUCAGGGUCGUCGUGGUUAUGCCAGCUGUCCCUGCGUUUGCAGGCGAUCUCGAGGACGAUGGAAGCUUGGGUACUAGGGCUAUUAUGGAGUUCCAAUACCGGUCCAUCUGCAGAGACAACAAACUCUCAAUCAUGGAGCAGAUCGCAAAGUCAGGCGUUAAUCCGUUGGAGUACAUCCGUUUCUACAACCUGCGCAACUACGAUAGAAUCAAUGCCUCCCGCACGAUGGAUCGAGUCCAGCAAGAGUCCGGCGUACCCUAUGAGGAUGCUGCCGCAGCAUACGACGACAGGUUUGGCGGCGGCCACGGCCCAGGCACCCAUGGCUAUGGAAACCCUCAACCUGACGCUUACCCCCGGUACCAGCAAAAGGCGCCAGGCGGCAGCAGCGAAUGGGACAGUGUCUCACGAUGCGUAAUGCUCGAUGGCGCCGACAUUCGCAACGUCCCGUGGGAGGGCGAGCCAGAUCGGGAAAUGGACGCCUUUGUCUCCGAAGAGCUAUAUGUGCACUCGAAACUCCUCAUCGCCGACGACAGCACCGUCAUCUGCGGUUCAGCCAACUUGAACGACCGCAGUCAGCUCGGCGACCACGACUCGGAGAUUGCAAUCGUCAUUAAUGACCCCACCGAGCUGCCGUCCUACAUGAACGGGCAGCCCUACACAGCCAAACAAUUCGCGGCCACGCUACGCCGCCAGAUCUUUAGGAAGCACCUUGGCCUCAUCCCCGCGCAGGAGAUGACCGACAACAACAGCAAUAUGGCGCCUAUAUUCAUCCCCGAACGGGACGAGCGCGGUUAUCACAGAAACACAGUUCCCCAUAUCAUAACCAACUGCUACGACUUUAACUCGUACGAAGACAGCCUCGUUGUAGACCCGCUCGGCGAUCUCUUCUGGAACCUCUGGAACAGCACGGCAAGGACCAACACCGAGGUCUUCAGCAAGGCAUUCCACGCAGUGCCCAACGACCGCGUCAGGAACUGGGCCCAGUACAAGGAGUUCUACUCAAAGUACUUUGUGCCGACCGCGGAGGCUAAGCUACGCGCCGAGGCGGAGACGAAGGAACGUGCCGCGAAGGCAGCCGCGGCCGGACAGCCGAAGCCGGAGGACGUCAAGCCGAAGGCGAUGAUCGAGUAUGGCCAUGUGGUGAAGUCGGAGUUUUCGCCGGGCCCGCAGGGCGUGUGGGAGCUGAAGGAGCUGCUGAGUAAGGUUAAGGGACACCUUGUGGAGAUGCCUUUGGACUUUUUGGUGGAGGAGGAUAUUGCGAAGGAGGGGCUGGGACUGAAUGCUUUGACAGAGACGCUUUAUACUUGA